AUGUUCACGACGUUGCUCUUCAACGACGUUCUCGAUCCUUUCAAGUUGCGAGAUGGCCUUGAAACUCUGGCUACCCUCAAGGGCUGGGACAAAAUCGGUGCCAGGUUCAGAUAUGACAAAAAGGGCCGCGUGCAUUAUCAUAUCCCAGCCACCUUCACCGAGGAUCGUCGAGCGGUUCAGUUUUGCCACAUUCAGCAUGACAUGCUCAUAGUCGAACACCCAGUUGCAUCUCAGAUGCAGAAACUGAGGGCAUCUCAGGGACCCGAGAUAGUCGCAGAUGCCAUGGCCUUUAGGUCUUUAUGGGUUCACCCAAGUGUUCCUACCAAGUUUUCCGAAUACCUGCAAAACGAUGUGCCACAGCUCGGACUCGUCGUCGUGUCAUUCCGCGACGCGACCCUCGUCGUUUUGAGCUGGUUCCAUACCCUGUUCGACACUCCCGGCAAGGCAGAGCUUCUCCGAGCCUGGUCGUCGAUUGUCAAUGGAAAAUUGACUGGAGUCGGCACACCACAUGAUGCAAGCGAGGAUCCUUUGGCCGAUCUUGGGCUCCACCCCACGGAACCCUACGUGCUCGAGAAGCUCAGGCUGUCCAGGCUUCAAAUGAUGCUAUACACUAUUCGAGCCCUCUAUAAUGCCGUCUUCAAGAGGUAUCGAAACCGCGUCCUGUGCCUCCCGUCGGCUUUCUUGCGCGAGAUUCGCCAACAAGCAGAGAGCGAGACCGAGCCCGACGAGCAAAGGCCGUUUCUGAGCGACGACAACCUCAUCACGGCGUGGUGGGCUCGACUGCACACGGCGGCCAAGAAGAAUCCGCGCGGUACAGUCAACCUCCACAAUGCUCUGGGACUCCGCCGAACUCUUGAAAACGACCUCCUGCCCCCGUCCAAGCCGUACUUGUCCAACGCGGUGGCCAUGUUCACCGUCCUGCUGUCUGCGCAGGAAGUCAUCAGCCGCCCCUUGAGCUACACGGCUUCGCGACUGCGUCAGCGCAUCACGGAAUCUCGCACUCGUCCACAGGUCGAGGCAUUCUCUGCGCUGGUGAGGGAGAAGCAAGGCACCCUGACGAUGCCCAUGUUUGGCGAUGCCACAAUGACGGUCCUCGUGGGCUCCAGCUGGACCAACGCGAAGCUAUUCGACGUCGACUUUACUGGAGCUGUGGUCGAAAAUGCCUCUACGGGAUCUACUAGGCCGGGAUUUCCGUCUUAUGUCCAGUGCACCUUUAAUGACCCCGUUCCUUUCGAAGUCAUGGUUACGGUUGGCAAGGACCACGAGGGGAAUUACUGGUUAGAUGCAAACACGGAUGACGCUCACUGGGAAAGAAUUGUGAGGACCCUGGAAACUAAUCGCAAAGUGUAA